GACAGGGAUUCGCUGUCAGGAGGGUGGGUUUGCGUAGCUGCCCAGGGAUGCGGCUGCCUGCUCGAUCCUAGAGGGGUUUCGUCAAGCUCUGCCAACGACGAAUUUCCUACCGGGAGGAAAUGACCUAGUAGCCUCACGGACACUCGCCCGGUCUGUCGCCACAGGCCGCCCAUUCUGGGAACUGUUUCCACGGAUACAGAGAAACCUACCUCAGCGGGCAGAGAGGGGAAGAGCGGAGCGCAUGUGAUUAAAAUUAAAAAAAAAGGCCCCACUGGUUUCAGGCCGCAAUUGACUCACCCCCCCAACCCCACCCCCCCCAGCUGGGCCUGCGUGGAACGUUCCCCAGGAAGGAGCAUCGCGAGUCUGCUCAGUGGGAAGAGACACCGCACUGCUACUUGUUCCGCUGUUCAGGAUCUCCCGCUGGACGUCUCGUGACUCGUCCCAAGAGCAGAUGUGAUGUGGAGAAGGUGUUAGGUUUUCUGCCGCUGACUCUCUGAGCGGCUGAUCCCGCCCCCCACCUGCCCGGAGCCCCUCCCCCUUUUGAUGGCAGAAUCACAGCACGGCUGCACUGGCUAGCCGGCUCCAGGCCGCGAGACCACAUCCCCCUGCUCUGCCUUUUUUUCUCCGACCCGAUUUUGCCGUUGCUUAGAAAAUGCCCCCCAGUGAGACUGUGACUUUAGGCGGCCCAUCGGCGCGGCGUGGGGUCUUCUGUGCUUAGGCCGGUGUGGGAGUGUCACAGCAGGCACCCCAGAGGCUGAUAUUCGCUCUCCAGGCAGCCAGCAGGUGGGACGACCUCCCCCCCUCUGAGACCUGCUGUGUCCCCUAUGUAUUGUUGCAGCGCGCAGGACAGUAAGAUGGACUACAAGCGGCGGUUUAUGCUUGGCGGGUCCAAGCAGAAGGUACAGCAGCACCAGCAGUACCACAUUCCUGAACUGGGCCGGGCCCUCGGCGGACCCCUCGGUUCCUCAUGCUCUGGGCCGGCCCCCAUCGGCGGCUGCGGGCACCCGCCCCCCUCCCCUGGCGGCGCCGGCGUCACCCCCACCCCCGGUAGCGCCGUGGCCGAUAUCCAGCAGGGCAUCUCCAAGUACCUGGACGCACUGAACGUGUUCUGCCGCGCCAGCGCCCUGCUCACCGAGCUCUUCAGCGGCGUCUUUCGCAGCUCGCACUACGCCAAGGCGGCCGCGCAGCUGAAGGACGUGCAGGACCACGUCACGGAGGCGGCCGGCCGACUCACAGCCGCCAUCAAGCCCGAGAUCGCCAAGAUGCUGAUGGAGCUCAGCUCCGGGGCGGCCAGCUUCAAGAACCAGGAUGAUUUCAACCUGCAGGAUGUGGAGGUGCUGGGCCGCUGCUUCCUUACCGUCAUGCAGGUGCACUUCCAGUUCCUGUCACAGGCACUGCAGAAGGUGCAGCCAGUGGCGCAGUCCUGCCUGGCAGAGGCACUGGCGCAGGCCCAGGAACGACGUGGCGGAGGAGGUGGAGCUGGCCGGCCGCAGGUCUCCUCCGCCGGGUCGCUCAGCGAGCUGGAGGAGGCCUCGAGGUCCUGGAAGGCCGCGGCGGAGGCCACGGCUCGGCUCAGGGAGAAGGGCCGCGACGGCUGCCUGGCGGGCCUCCAGGUCCAGCAGCUCUUCUGCUCUCACAGCCCCACCAUUCCGGAGCAGCAGCUGAAGGAGCUCAACCUGAAGAUCGACAGUGCCCUGCAGGUCUACAGGGCGGCGCUGGAGAGCCUGGGACACGGCGAGUACGCACUGAAGGCUGGUUUUCAUCUUGACCCAAAAGCUGCGGAAGAGUCUCUGCAGGGCUGCUGCAGUGAGGCUGAAGCCCAGCAGGCGGGGCGGAUGCAGACCCCCACCCAGCCCAUCCAAUGCGAGCUGCCCACCAUCCCGCUGCAGAUCGGCCCCCACUUUCUCAAGGGCGUCUCUUUCAAUGAGUCUGCGGCCGACAAUCUCAAACUCAAGACGCAUGCUAUGCUGCAGCUCCUCAAGGAGGCGGCGGGGCCUAAUGGGCAGGUGCUGUGCGAUGGCGACUCCCCUGCCACCGAGGUGCUCAACCAGGUGUGCCCCUCUAGCUGGAGGGGGCCCUGCAAGACAGCUGUGCAGCUUCUGUUCGGCCAGGCAGGGCUGGUGGUGGUCGAUACGGCACAGAUGGAGAGUAAGGAGGCGUACGCCCCGCACAUCACCCUGGAGGGGGGCACGUUUGUGGUCCAGGUUCCUUCCACAUGGUGCCUGAAGGAGGAUCCAGCCACCAUGUCCCUCCUGCAGCGCAGCCUGGACCCCGAGAAGACUCUUGGCCAGGUGGACGUUCUCUACACAGCUAUCCUCGACCUCAACAGGUGGAAGGAGCGCAGAAAUCAAGUCCUGCCCACUAUCCAGAUGCAACUGCAGCGCGAGGCGCCCGACCUCCCACCCGGAAGCAGCUCCAAGUCUUCCGGUGGACUUCCCAAGACCAUCUCCAAGCUCACCUCCAAGUUCACCAAGAAGGCCUCCUCUAGUGGCAGCAGCUACUCCAUCCCCAGCACGCCCUCCCGCUCCCUCUUCUCUGCCACUGGCUCCGAGGACAAGACCAAAGCCCCGGGACCUCCAGAUGGCCGGGUGCCUGGCGUUUUCCCGACAGGCAGCCUUCCGGGCACCCCUGACCCUGGUGGACCCCAGUUAGCCAACGGCUGCCCCGCCGACGACAAGAGCACAAACCUGCCCACGGACCAGGAGAUGCAAGACGUCAUCGAUUUCCUCUCAGGGUUCAACAUGGGCAGGUCCCAACAGGCCUCGCCCCUUGUCAAGAGGAGGAACUCCGUGGCGUCUGCUGGAGCAGCUGAUCUGAAACCGCCCCCGGCGCCGGCAGCGCCCCCCCCUUCUGGCCCCCCCCACGGGGGACUGCAAGCACCACCACAGGUCAUGCAACCCCAGCAGCAGCCGCAACAGCAGCAGCAGCAGAGCCAUCCGGGCCAGCAGCCACCUUCCCAGCAAGCUUUGCAGUUCUACCAGCACCUCCUGCAGCCUAUUGGCCAACAUCAGCAGCCUCCACCCCCACAGCUUCAACAUCAGAGGGUGGCAUCCAAGUGGCUAGGCAGCCCAGGGCAGCACGCUGCGCCAGCCCCUCCAGCCGGCCUCUCCCCCAUUGGACCUCUGAGCCAGUGGGGCUCUCCAGGGUUACCAGAUCUCAGCUCCGACCUGUACAGCCUGGGUCUGGUCAGCAGCUAUAUGGACAGCAUCAUGUCAGAGAUGCUGGGUCACAAGCCUCAGGGGCCGCGGAACAACACCUGGCCCAACCGCGAGCAGACUGAUGGGGCCUUCGGCAUGCUGGGAGAUGUGCUGCCCUUUGACCCUGCUGUUGGCUCCGACCCCGAAUUUGCCCGCUACGUCGCUGGAGUCAACCACGCCAUGCAGCAGAAACGGCAGGCACAGCACCUGCGUCGCCCAAGCAACACCCGCGCCAACUGGCCAAUCACAGAUGAGCCUCACAGAACAUGGCCGCACCCAGAGUACUACACAGAAGGGGACUCCAUGAGUGGCAGCUGGUCAGCCAAUCAAGGGGAUUCAGCCAGCUCCAGUGAUGAGACCUCCUCGGCCAAUGGGGACAGCCUCUUUUCCAUGUUCUCAGGACCUGACCUUGUAGCUGCGGUCAAACAAAGAAGAAAACACAGCUGUGGUGAACCUGAAGCAUGCACCCUCCCUUCACCGCCAAUCCAUCACCCUGGGGAUGACGGCAGUCAGGACAGCAAGACGAAAACCUGGCCGCCGAAAGCCCCCUGGCAACACUCCUCACCCCACACCAACACACUGCCCAAUCUGAGCUCUUCCUUGUACCAGAUGACCAUCCCCUCCAGCCAAUGGAACGAAUCGAUGCAGAUGCUGCAGUCGCAGGUGUGGUCCACGGCAGGCGACUGCCCCGCCGCUGUGGGCCUCCCUUCUGCCUUCCCAUUCGCUACGCAGCAGCAGCAGCAGCCAACCACAGUGCAGCAGCAGCAACAACAGCAGCAGCAGCAGCAACAGGUUUCUCAGCACAAACCCAUCAACAAGGGCUUCAAAUCCUUCCCGCUCAAGCACGAGCACAGGCCCUCCUACCUGCCUCAGUACUGAUCACAGGUGCCGAACCUGCUGCUGUUAGUGUGUCCUAUGGCCAGGCAGACAGCAUCCUGUAUCAAACGUGCCACUUGGGGAUCUUAUGCCGAUGUGUAUAUAGGCCUGUUGGAUACUUGUAGUGCUCCCCUAGUGCUCUUCCCCCUUCUACCAAGCUAGUUGUGACUAUUAAUUUUCACUUACAUCAUUUUUUUUUAUCUAAAAGCUGUAUAAUGGAAGGAAGGUCUUUAUACAUAGUUUAUUGUCAUUAUUUUUUAGACCAACUGCAUUGUAGAGGGUGAACGGAAGUGUGCAUCUUUCCCAUUCCAUGAAAGCUCCUCAAUAGCCUCCUCUGGCAGCAAACUGUGAGAUCUGCAUAGCGGCGGCCGAAAUGGCCGAGGCUCCGCCCCCACCGACGAGCGUCCGGGGUUUCUUGUGACAUACAUUGGUUGAGCUGCCACGGCUUGGAUGUGGUUGGGGGGGGGGGGGGGACCUCUUUACAACACCGAUAUCCCCCCCCCCCUCCCCACUGUUCAACUAUAUUGUGUGUCAUGAACUUGUAACUGCCAAAUCUUGUGUUUGUAUCACGCCGGACAGACCAGACUACAGCUCACACUUACUGUUCCAUAGCUUAGAAGUUACUCAAACUGAAAAAAAAAAUAAAUAUAUAUAUAUAUAUAUAUAUAUAAAAUUAUAUAUAUCAUUCUUUUUAUUAAAGAGGCUUUGAGCUGGCUCAGCAGAAAUAUAACCAUUGCAUAUGUGUAAUAUGAAAAACAUACACUACUUCUUCUCUUUUCUCCAUACACUUGGAGAGAGAAUGAGCAGUAACUUGUGCCAUGUUGAUAUUUAUAACACAUUCAUAAUCUUAGUUUUCAACCAAAGCGUCGUUUGGAGGAUGAAUGGUGCUUCAGAAUCUAUAUACAUAUUAAAAAAUGGAGAUAUUAAUCAUCAGUAAAUUAUACACUACACUAGAAUCUAGAAGCUUUUUUUGGGGGGCGGGGGGGGGAGGAACUAUAUGGUCAGAUAUUUAAGUUUGCAUUUUUUUUUGACAGGUUUCUGAAUGACAGUGACAAAAAAAAUCAAUACAAUAUUUUCUCGUACAAAUUAUUGACAGUAUUAAUCUUAUUUUUGUAUUUUCCUAAAUCUUAUACCAUUACUGUACAUGUUUAUGUUGUCAUAUACCAUUACUGUACGUUUGUUAAUGUACUAUAGUCACAUUAGUGACUGAUUAUCCAGUCUCCCAGUUACGAUAAUGAAAAGCACAUUUUCCUUUCUACAGAGUUUAACUACAUUGUAUCUUUAAAGAUUACCAAAAAUACGCCAUUAUAAACACUAAAACAUUAUUGUGAUAUUAGGGUGUUUUUGAGCCCAUAUUUCUUCAGUUUCUAUGGUGAUGGGCUGUAUUUAUAUGCCCAGAAUGUCAAUUUUUUGUGAGGUUUGCAGAUGCCAGUGUUGCCUGUAUUUAUGAUAACAUGUUUUCAGAAAACUAACAUACUUACCAUGUUUACAGAGAAUUGUUUGCUGUAUAUAACUUUUUAUAGUUCUGUGCUUUGCACAAUCAGAUGUAGGAUUUGUUGCUUUUGUCUGUGUUAAUCUCUCAGAUGUUUCCACGAAAUGUUUAUAUGAACAUGUAUGUAUGUACGUAUGUAUAAAAAUCCUCAAAGACCUUGAACUGUAACUGUUAGCAUUUCUCAGCUGUGUCACAUGGUUCACCAGUUGCUUCUCCUUAAAGCGAAAACGUCCCCUGACAGUAAGAAAUAUGAAGGGGCAGGAAUGCUUGGCUUAUGUUGCUUGCUGUUCUCUUCAGCUGGUAACUGAAUCUUCCAUUUUGUUCCAGCAAUGCAAAAAAAAUAAAUAAAAUAAAAAAUAAUUACUAGCAGUUUGGAACAAUC